UCUGGCGGUGUGGUGUGUGCGGUCGGACUGUGGUUGUGUUUCAGGUCUGGUCGUGUUGAUAACGACACACUUAGGACGCAUUUCAUCGCGGAGAGAUGGGAAUUCAGAAGAAAUGGCUCUAAAUCAAAUUGCCCUGCCGCUGCUGGCCCUGUUCGGGUUGGUGGCCGUCGGUAAUGCUCUGCGUUGUAACUGUACAAACUGUGAGAAGACGGGCUAUGAGUGUGAGACAGAUGGCGCCUGCAUGGCUUCUACAUACUAUAUCCAGGGGAAGGAGCAACACGUACGCAUCUGUAUCAACAGGGACAACCUGGUCCCCCCUGGACAGCCCUUCUACUGUCUGAGUGCUGAGGGCCUGCUCAACACACAUUGCUGCUAUGUAGAUUACUGCAAUAGUAUUGACCUGAAAGUCCCAGUCCCAACAAAGGGGGGGAACUGGUCAGGCCCAGGCAGUCCCUGGGGGCCAGUGGAGCUGGUGGCGGUCAUCGCAGGGCCAGUGUUCCUGCUAUGUGUGCUGCUGAUGGUCGGCGUGUUCCUGUUCCAGUAUCACCAGAGGGCUUACAGCCACAGGCAGAGGCUGGAGGUAGAGGACCCCUCCUGUGACCAUCUGUACUUGGCCAAGGACAAAACCCUGCAAGACCUCAUCUAUGACAUGUCCACCUCCGGAUCAGGCUCUGGUUUGCCUCUGUUUGUGCAGCGGACAGUAGCCAGGACCAUCGUGCUGCAGGAGAUAAUAGGAAAGGGACGUUUCGGUGAAGUGUGGAGAGGGAAGUGGAGAGGAGGAGACGUGGCGGUGAAGAUCUUCUCAUCCAGAGAGGAGCGCUCGUGGUUCAGAGAGGCCGAGAUCUACCAGACAAUCAUGCUACGACAUGAAAACAUCCUAGGAUUCAUUGCAGCAGAUAAUAAAGACAACGGCACAUGGACUCAGCUCUGGCUGGUGUCAGACUAUCACGAACACGGCUCUCUUUUUGACUACCUGAACCGCUACUCUGUCACCAUCGAGGGCAUGAUCAAACUUGCGCUGUCAGCUGCCAGCGGCCUGGCACACCUACACAUGGAGAUCCUCGGCACUCAGGGUAAGCCUGGCAUUGCUCACCGUGACCUCAAGUCUAAAAAUAUCCUGGUUAAGAAGAACGGCAUGUGUGCCAUAGCUGACCUCGGCCUGGCAGUCCGCCACGAGUCCAUCACAGACACAAUCGAUAUAGCACCGAAUCAGCGCGUGGGCACUAAGAGGUAUAUGGCUCCAGAGGUUCUGGAUGAAACCAUCAACAUGAAACACUUUGAUUCCUUCAAGUGUGCCGACAUAUAUGCACUGGGCCUGGUGUACUGGGAAAUUGCGCGUCGCUGCAAUGCAGGAGGUAUCCACGAGGAGUACCAGCUGCCCUACUAUGACCUCGUGCCCUCCGACCCCUCCAUAGAGGAAAUGAGGAAGGUGGUGUGUGACCAGAAACUGAGGCCCAAUGUGCCCAACUGGUGGCAGAGCUACGAGUCACUGCGUGUGAUGGGGAAGAUCAUGAGGGAGUGCUGGUACGCCAACGGAGCGGCCAGACUGACUGCCCUGCGCAUCAAGAAGACUCUGUCUCAGCUCAGCGUGGAGGAGGACGUCAAAAUGUGAGCACCAGGCGGCGAAGAGACGCACUGGAGACGCACAACCAGACCACACUCCCAUAGGAAACGAACACUAAAGACAAGACUGCAAAUGAAAACCCUGCCAGUUUUAAAGCCACACUCCAAGUUGUGACAAGGCCUACCUCACCUUUUUAGCCAAAACUACUGAGAAUCACCCCUCCCCCUCCUGACUUUUCUCUCCCCUGCCUCCCUUUGAUCCUCGUGUCUCCUUCCUGUUCACUUUGACCCCCUUCUCCAUGGGCCACAACACUACAGCACUACCACUGUUAAUAUCAUUACACUCAACAUUUUUUGUUUUCAUUUCCCAUGGCAGGAAUUCUUACUAUUGUACAGUGACGGGAAAUUUUUCUUUUUUUUCUUUUCUUUUUUCUUUUUUCUGAUCCUUUUUACCUCUGAAAUUGUCCCACGACGGACUAACUAGAGUCAAGCAUGUUGUGGGUUUUAAGUUUAAGAAUAAUAACACUUCAUAUUCUGUUGGCCAUGCAACAUCACAGUCUGUCGCUGUGAGUGUGUGAGGGGGGGAAAGAGGCUGAAGCACUGUCUGUAGUUGUGUGUGUAUAAAAGGUGUCCGGACUACUAGCAUAUAGGCUGUGGUUCAUUAGACAAAAGCAGUUAUGGGACUUUUGGUUAAUUAAGCAUGAACAGCCAGAAUGUGCUUCUUAAUCCCUCACUUGAAUAUCCUACAAACAGAAAUUAGUUGCACUCAACUGUAGCUUCAUCAUGUGUGAGACCCGCAGGUAUCACAUGACGGAUGUGGUCCAGUCCUGGUGUUAGUUUGAAAUGUGGCAGGGAUACUGUUUGGGAUGGUUUUAUUUUUAUUUAUUUGUUGAUAUUAUUUUUAUUUCAUAUUGAUGAACACUGUGAGAUGAGAUGUGACAAGCCAGAGUCUUGAUAUGAAAAUUAAUGUUGUAGUUCAGUCCAACUCUUCACCAUCUUUCAGGUGUUAGAUGAAAUGGGGUUGUUGCAUUCAUUUAAUAAGACGCUCAGUUCAAAUAUGGAUGUAGCCAUAGUGACGGGUUGGUGACAGGCGAUGACAUCGUGAACACUGAGCAAAUAAGAGGCGUAUGAAAAGGCAAUCAAAAAUACUGUUUUGUUUUUAAAUAUAUUUUAUGUGUUUUAUGUAAAGACAUCAUGAUGGGUGUUUUUCUUUUUACUUUGACAUAGACACUACUGAUGGGUACAUAUGAUUUGUAUAUAAAACAUGCAAUUUUUUUCCUUUUAUGCCACAAGCACCAGUGUGACAGUUGAACAGCGACUUUGCUUGAAUGGUACUUUCAGAAGUCAGAAUCUCUCUCUGCAUGGUUUCUAACUGUGCCAGGACAUAGACUGUGUCAUUUGCUGGAAUUUGUUUUUAAUUUGCUCCUCUGGCAAUUUGGUGGUACUACUGAUCCCAGAUAAGUUUGCUGCAACGUCUGUUUUUGUUUUUUAAAUGUAUAAUUGUUGAAUUGCUUGAUGAGUUCUUUUCAGAGUUCAGUCAUGCAGAUCUGUUUCUACAUGCGUCCUCCGGGUUGACAUCUCUUUCUCAUUGACACUGGAAUAUUUAGGAGCAUGAUGUAAACCUUGAAUUCUGAUUCUGCCAAUGGCUUUUUAUUCAGAAAUAAAGUCAACCGCUGACAGUUCACACGCAGGGAACAUACAGUUAGAUGUGAGAAGUAGUUCAGAGGUUUUACUUCAAAGACUGACAUGCUGUAAAGUGAAACUGCACGUUUUCAUUGUACUUUGUCGCCUGCAGCUGCAAGGUUUUCUGCAGACAAAACUAUGAAAGUAUUACACUGACAUUUGUCACCAUUGGGCUCUGCACUGUUAUGUCCACAUGGACUUUAGUUAAUGUUAGUUAUGUCAUCACUUGAUCCAGAAUCCAUGUGUCAUGUUAGUAUCCAUUUUGCAUGCUGUCUCAAACACUGGGUCCUCUGCACUGAGGUAGAUGAACUUAAGACUCGUUUUCCCUCCUCCUAUCUGUUUGAUUUUCUUUUUUCUUUUUUGUUCGGGUUGUUGGCUGUGUACCCCAGAAAUGUAGCUGCUACUGUUAACAUGGGUAGAAGUUCAGCAGGCAGAAGAGAAGGAGAGCCGG